AUGGCGUUUUGGUGGCCAUUGAUAGUUCUUGCUUUCGCCUAUGCGAUCUGUCGUUUCUUGUUAAUGCUUAUUCCGUUCAAUGUGCCUUCAAUCGACGUCGAUGCCUCUGAUGUUACGGAAGGGAAUCAAACGCAAGAGAACAGCUUCAUUUAUAUUCCUCCGAGAGGAAGAACGCAGCAAUCAGAUAAAAAGGUUCAGUGCUAUGAACCAGCAACGAUGAAAUACUUGGGAUAUUUACCUGCAUUGUCCCCUUCUGAGGUCCAUGACCGAGUGGCACAGGCAAGGAAGGCUCAGAAAAUUUGGGCAAAAAGUAGCUUCAAGCAAAGACGACAGUUUCUGCGGAUUCUUCUCAAGUACAUUAUUGAACACCAAGAGCUUAUAUGCGAAGUAUCUUCACGUGAUACUGGAAAGACAAUGGUGGAUGCUUCUUUGGGAGAAAUAAUGACAACGUGUGAGAAGAUCACUUGGCUUCUUUCAGAGGGUGAGAAGUGGCUAAAGCCUGAAUACAGAUCUUCUGGGAGAGCAAUGCUUCACAAGAAAUCGAGGGUGGAGUUUUACCCACUUGGUGUUAUCGGUGCCAUAGUUUCAUGGAACUAUCCUUUUCAUAAUAUCUUCAAUCCAAUGCUGGCGGCAAUCUUUUCAGGGAAUAGCAUUGUAAUCAAGGUUUCAGAAAAUGCAAGCUGGUCCGGACUAUUCUAUUUCAGAAUAAUCCAAGCAGCUCUUGCUGCUGUGGGAGCUCCUGAAAAUUUGGUUGACGUAAUCACAGGGUUUGCUGAAACGGGAGAAGCACUAGUGUCUUCAGUUGAUAAAAUCAUAUUUGUUGGAUCACCUGGUGUGGGUAAGAUGAUAAUGAGAAAUGCCUCUGACACACUUAUACCAGUAACACUUGAGCUUGGUGGAAAAGAUCCAUUUAUUGUGUGUGAAGAUGUAGAUGUCUCUCAUGUCGCACAAAUUGCUGUCAGGGCUGUUCUUCAAUCAAGUGGGCAGAAUUGUGCUGGGGCUGAGAGAUUCUAUGUUCAUAGGGGCAUAUAUUCUUCAUUUGUCAGUGAAGUUGCUAGAAUUGUAAAAUCUGUUUCAGCUGGACCACCCCUUGCUGGAAGGUAUGAUAUGGGGGCAAUAUGCUUGCAAGAGCAUUCUGAUAAGCUCCAAAACCUCGUAAAUGAUGCCUUAGACAAAGGUGCUGAUAUUGUUGCUCGUGGAAGUUUUGGCCAUCUGGGUGAAGGUGCAGUAGACCAGUUCUUCCCUCCCACUGUGCUUGUAAAUGUAAACCACACAAUGAAAUUGAUGCAAGAAGAGACUUUUGGACCAAUUAUGCCAAUAAUGAAAUUUAAUACUGAUGAAGAGGCUGUCAAACUUGCAAAUGACUCGAGAUAUGGGCUUGGCUGCGCUGUUUUUUCUGGUAGUCAACGCCGAGCCAGAGAGAUUACUUCCCAGAUACAUUGUGGAGUUGCUGCAGUUAAUGACUUUGCAUCAUCUUACAUGUGUCAGUCCCUGCCAUUUGGUGGUGUGAAGGACAGUGGAUUUGGCAGAUUUGCUGGCGUGGAAGGAUUGCGGGCUUGUUGUCUUGUGAAAUCAGUUGUUGAAGAUAGGUGGUGGCCAUACAUUAAAACCAAGAUACCAAAGCCUAUCCAGUAUCCUGUUGGGGAGAAUGGCUUCGAGUUCCAGCAGUCUCUUGUAGAAGCACUCUAUGGCUUGAACAUAUGGGAUAGGCUGCGAGCACUGGUCAAUGUUUUGAAGAUCCUAUCAGAACAACACUCUAGUGGCAGUAAAGGCAGAAAUGACUAA